AUGCCCGACGAACAAGGCUCGGGGAAGCCAUCUUCGGACGCACCUGAGAAGGGCCAAGCCCUCGACGACCUCAUCGACCUCACCGACAAGACGGAACCAACAGCAUCAGCAUCUGUAGCUGCCGACGCCAACAAACCGAGUAGCCCCGGCAACCACAGCGAAGAUGCCGAGGACACUACCUCUCGCGCACAUGUUGUGACAGAGGCAGACCCAGACGGAGAGGCUUCGGCCUCUUCGGACCUUUUGAAUACUUCUGUGGCAACCAUCAAGCCGUCGAAACCCCUCCCCGCCGACACCUCGACCCAGUUCCUCACGAUCGAAACCAAAGCCUACGUUGAUCCUACGCCACCUACCCCGACAGCCUCGCGCCCUCCUUCAAGAACACCGUCCAGUGUAGGAUCCCGACAAGAUGCGUCUCCCACGAGAUCUGACGCUGCCUACGACGAUCGGAGGUAUACGAGCGAUGAUGACCAGGAGAACGGCUCGCGCUCCGAGAUUCAGAGCAUCAUGGAGCAGUUCACCGGCGAUGGAGGUGGCCCGGGAGCUGAGGAGGUCAUGAGUCCAAGAUUAGAGAUUACAUCGCCCAUUCUCGGCGGCCCGAUUCAACAUCCACCAAGAAAGUCGAGCCUCGAGCCUCUGUCAACCUCCUUCUCGGCCCAGUCGCUGGAGAAGGAGACAUUGGGCGCAGCCAUACCUUCGUCACCCGUGAGCACAAGAUCCCGAACCAGGUCCUCGGUGGAUUUUGGUCCUCCGGUGCCCCCCAAGGACGGCCCUCCCGGCGCCGAGGACAGCCAAACCUCUCUCGAUACUCCCAUGUCGCCCUCGGCCAUGCACCGGCCCCCACCACCCGAACCCGAACCAGAGCCGACCCUACCUUUUGACUUUCACCGUUUCCUCGAGCAGCUGCGCAACAAGAAAGCCGAUCCAGUCGCGCGCUAUCUCAAGUCUUUCCUAUCCGAAUUCGGCAAGCGGCAGUGGAUGGUUCACGAACAAGUCAAGAUUAUCGGCGACUUCCUCGCCUUCAUAGCCAACAAAAUGGCGCAGUGCGAGGUCUGGCGCGAUGUGUCGGACGCCGAAUUUGACAACGCGCGAGAGGGCAUGGAGAAGCUUGUCAUGAACAGGCUGUACACCCAGACGUUCUCGCCGGCCAUCCCCGCACCGCAGCCUAUUCCUGGGGCCAAACCCAAGAGGAGAGGCGGCGAGCGACCGAUGGGGCCGGGGCGUAAGGGCCAGCACCAAGAGGAUGUCGAGAGGGAUGAUAUCCUGACACAGAAGAUCAACAUUUACGGCUGGAUUAGGGAAGCCCAUCUCGAUAUUCCACCAACGAGCGAGAGCGGGAAGCGGUUCCUCAAGUUGGCGCAGCAGGAACUCUUCAAAAUUAGGUCUUAUCGCGCGCCGAGGGACAAGAUCAUCUGCGUGUUGAAUUGCUGCAAGGUCAUCUUUGGUCUGCUCAAGCACGCAAAGUCAGAUGGAUCAGCAGACUCGUUCAUGCCAUUCCUUAUCUACGUAGUGCUCCAAUCCAAUCCUGAACAUCUUGUGUCGAAUGUGCAGUACAUUCUUCGAUUCAGGAAUCAGGAGAAACUGGGUGGCGAGGCCGGAUACUACCUGUCUUCUCUGUUCAUUGAGAACAUGGACAAGACCAGCCUUACGAUUACCGACGACGAGUUCGAGAAGAACGUCGAGGCCGCCGUCUCAGCCAUCGCAGAGAAGCACAACGCUGCAUCGCCGGUGGAACCGCAGCUCUCCGAGAAGAUACCCCAAAGCCUACUGGCCCAGACACAAGGCGAACCCUCGACCCGGCCCGACCACGAUGUCAACAACGGAGACUUGUCCACGCCUCGCCGCUCCACAUCGUCAGAUGGCGACUACUCCGACGGCCAGGCCCCCAUUACGAGCCUGCUCCAGACGAUCCAGCGACCGCUCAGUACCAUCGGACGCAUGUUCUCCGAAGAUCCCACCGGACCGGAAUCCGGCGCCAGCGCCGCGUCGCGCGCGCCGCAGCCUCUCGACCCAAACCGGUUAUCACCAAGGCCCAGUGGCGAGGAGGCACGCGAGGCCGGAGGACGGCCGGACCUGCGCAACCAUCCGCAGCUGUCGGUGGAGGAGGCGGCCGCGAGGCAAGCGAGCGCCGAGACGGCCGAGGCGCAAAGGUUACACCGGGCGGAGCACCACAAUGUCGUUGAGACACUUGCCGGCAUGUUUCCGGACCUCGACAGGGACAUCAUCUCGGAUGUCGUGGUGCAGAAGCAGGGGAGGGUCGGACUAGCGGUGGAUGCCUGCCUGGCAUUGUCCACGUAG